AUGUGCUUCCGCUGCCUACGUAGCACGCAUCGCCGCUACACAUGCAAAGCGAAGCCCUGCGGUAUCUCCGGCUGUAACCUGCGCCACCACAAGCUCCUACAUCAUGAAGCCGCGAAGAAAGAAGAGAAGCACGAAGAAGUCACCGCGUCCACGACAGAGAAGCCGACCGUCUCAGCGAACAAGAGCGAGCGCCGCCGCGCUUACUUGAAAAUAGCGCCCGUGGUACUUACUGGCCCUCACUCCAGUAUAGAAACCUACGCACUGUUCGACGAGGGAAGCACCAUCACGAUCAUCGACGCGGGCGUGGCCAACUCUCUCGGUCUCGACGGCCCCACGGAUCCGAUGUGGGUGCAAGGAGUCAGCGGCAAAGAAGUUCGACACUCGAAGAGCAAGAAAGUCGACUUCACCAUACGGGGCAAGCACACACAAGAAGAGUUCAAGCUUGAAGACGCACGCACAGUCAAGAAGCUCGACUUCAUCACUCAGACGGUGAAGAAAGAAGAAGUCGAUGACUGCAGCCACCUGAGCGACAUUCAAGAAGAACUUGCCUACGAAGGGGCAUCGCCGAAACUACUCAUCGGCCAGGACAACUGGGACUUAAUUGUCUCGAGGGAAGUCCGAGAAGGCCGCCGUGACCAGCCUGUGGCAUCUCGCACACAGCUCGGCUGGGUACUGCACGGCUGCCGCACCACACAGAGCAAACCGAUCAACUUCUGCGGGCACAUCACGAGCGCGGUAGAGUCAAUGGAUAAAAUGAUGAAACACUGCUUCGAACUGGAGUCCCUGAGCAUCGAAGCGAGAAAACCGACGACAGAUCCAGAAGAACAAGCCAUGAGAAAACUGGAAGAGGAAAGUCGCCGGCUGCCCGAUGGUCGCUUCGAAACUCGGUUGUUAUGGAAACGAGAAAAUGAGAAAAUACCUAACAACCGUCAAGACGCACUGAAACGACUCUGCAGCCUCGAACGCAAGCUCGACCGUGACCCAGAACUCAAGAAGAAAUAUGAAGAGUGCAUGGAGAAUAUGCUGAAGUCCGGAUACGCCGAGCCCGCCACCACACUCCCGACACAAGACAGAACGUGGUACCUGACGCACUUUGCCGUCUUCAACCCCAAGAAGAAGAAGAUAAGACUGCUGCACGACGCCGAAGCGAAGUCACAUGGACGCAGCCUGAACGACAUGCUGCUGACCGGCCCCGACCUGCUUCAGUCACUUCCUGGGGUGGUCAUGCGGUUCAGGCAGCAUCCCUACGCGAUCAGCGCGGAUAUCAAGGGGAUGUUCAUGCAGAUACGCAUCAAGGAGUGCGACAGAGACUCGCUGCGCUUCCCCUGGCGCGGCGACCGGCGGGAGGGUACACCAGACGAGUACCGCAUGACGUCUGUCAUCUUCGGCGAAUCAUCGUCACCGUGCACGGCACUGUUCAUCAUGAAUAGAAACGCCAGAGACUUCGCCGACACGCACCCCGUGGCCGUCCGAGCAAUUGAGAAGAACCACUACAUGGACGACUACCUGCAAAGCUUCACGUCGGUGGGGGAGGCUCAGCACGUCACGAAGACAGUCGACGAGAUACAUCGACAAGCGGGCUUCGAACUACGCGGAUGGGCAUCGAACGAGCGACGAGUACUACGCCACCUCAUGACCGACCCCGGGACAGCUACGAUCGACAUCGGCGGGAGCAAAAUAGAGAAGGCACUCGGCCUCAUGUGGCACGUACAUGAAGACAAUGUCGGCUUUCGUCUUAACACUCAUAACACGCCGGCUGAGGUGCUACGAGUGGACCGUCCGCCGUCGAAACCGCCGCCCGCGGCGGCCUACUGGAGAAUGCAACGAGCAGACGGCAGCGUGAAAGUCACACUGGCCAUGGCGAAGAAUAGAGUCGCACCAAUCAAGCCUACGUCGAUACCGCGGCUGGAACUACAGGCUGCGGUACUCGGAACUCGCAUCUCGAACAAAAUUCGAUCGGAACACGAUUAUGAAGAUAUCACGAGAAGAGUGUUCCGGAGCGACUCGCGGACGGUGCUGGCGUGGAUACGAGCUGAGCCACGCACAUUCAAGACCUUCGUCGCACACAUGCUCGCUGUAAUCGAAGAAUGUACCAAGAAAAGCGAGUGGAGAUGGGUACCUACAGCCGAAAAUGUCGCCGAUGACGCAACUCGAGCCACGCCGCACGACUUCGACCGGCCAGAGUUCCUGCGGCAUUCUGAAGAACACUGGCCCACGGAGAACAAGGAACCAGUACCCAAGACCGGCGAGGAAAAGGAGAGCUGCACCGUCGUGUCGCUCGGACACACGUGGAAGAAUGCACGAAAGCAGGAGAGCACGACAGCACUGGAGGCAAGCUCAACAGGGGGCAGAGGUGGAUGCAGGAGUACCUACCGCUACUCCAACACCGGCGGGAGCCACACAGCACCGGCAGCCAACCGAAGAUCGGCGACCUGGUCAUCGUGUGCGACUCCAAAAAACAGCGCAACACCUGGCCCCGAGGACCAGUCACAGCUGUCUACCCAGCGAAGGACCACAUCGUGCGGAUCGUCGACACCACUACGAGAAACGGGCACGUGCUGCGUCGACCAACGAAGAGGAUCGUCGUGCUGCCAGUAG